AUGCAAUGAAUCAUUGACAAGACGACGAAAUUAUUAUUUAAACGAAGCAAGCGGCAGGCAAGUCGCUCCCCUGUUUCUCUUUCUACCCGAAACCUCCAUCAAUGGCGUCCUUCUCCGGAAUCCUCUCCAAAUUCUCACUAUUCCUUCUGAUUCUCGCCGUUUCCACUCAAACCCAUCUCUCUUUUUCAACUUCAACUGAUAUCCACGAUCUUCUUCCUCUUUACGGUUUUCCAAUCGGUCUCUUACCCAACAAUGUCCAGUCCUACACUCUCUCAGACGACGGUAGCUUCGAUAUCCAACUCCAAAGCGAUUGCUAUGUGAAAUUCACCGAUCUGGUCUAUUACGGAAGAAAUAUCAAGGGGAAAUUGAGCUAUGGGUCUUUGACCGAUGUUUCUGGGAUUCAAGUGAAGAAGCUCUUUGCAUGGCUUCCUAUUACUGGAAUCAAGGUUAGUCAAGGCUCUAAAUCCAUCGAAUUUGCGGUUGGGUUCUUGUCUGAGAAUUUGCCGGUCAGCAUGUUCGAGUCAAUUCCUACAUGUAGAAAGAGAGCUUCCCUAGGAGAAAGAGCAAAAGCAAUGUGAGGUGGAAGUAAUAGCUUUCCAAAGCGUUUAUCCUUUCCAUUUGGUGUGAGAAGCAUGUUGACCUUUGCAAGAAGAAUAAAGUAAUCUUUGUUUCUAUGUCAUGAACCAACCAUGUUCAUUUUAAAUCCUUUUUUUAAUGUCUUUAUCAUAAAUAUUUCACAUGUUUAUCAAAUGUUUCUUUCAAUAAUAUUAUCCUUUUACUAUA